AUGGGCGGGCUUUGGAUCCUGCUUUUGGCAUUUCUAGUCUUGCUUUUCAUCGGACCAGCUCUCCUUGCGAACCGCUCACCCAUCCCCGAACUCUCCGAAAACGUCUACAAGAUCACGGAAGCCGCGGAGCUGGACGCCCUCUUGUCCUCGACCACCCGCGUCGUGGUUGAUUUCUACGCCGACUGGUGCCCGCCAUGCCGAGCCAUUGCGCCGUUUUUUUCAAAGCUGGCCGACAGCCACGCCAAGCACGGCCAGGUUGCCUUUGCCAAAGUCAAUGUCGACCGCGUCAGCGACCUGGCCAAGCGGUACGGCGUGGCCGCCAUGCCGACGUUUAUGGUGUUUGACAAGGGCGUGCCCGGCGGCGUGGCGGUCCCGGGCCUCGGAGGUCGCCCGUCCGUCGGCCUGGCUGACGACGGGAGGGUCUCCAAGGUCAUGGGGGCCGACAGGGUGGCCCUCGAGGCUGUAGUUCGCACGUUGGCGGAGGGGGAGUAA